AAUUUUUUUUUAUUGAAUUUCAUUAUCAUCUAUAUUUGACUACUUUUAAUUCAAAAUCUUUAAUAUUGUAUAAAAAUUUCCAUAAAUUUAUUAAUAUAUAGUAUUAAACAACAACAACAAUAAUAAUUACAUUAUUUAGAAGGGAAAGUACGUUUAUUUUUCACGCCACAACCAAAACCUAUGAAAACCCCAAUUCCCCAAUUCUCACGCCACAACCAAAACCUAUGAAAACCCCAUUGUUUUCCUACUCGGAUUGAUUUCUCGUUCAAUCUAUCUCUCUCUAGUUGCUGUUAAAUCGGUUGUUCUUGAUUGUUGAGGCUCAAUUUCAAAACCUUGAAGCCUGCAAAUUUUUGAAGAUUUAUUUUCUUCUUGACAGAUUGAAGAAUGGGUGUGGGUUUAUCCGUCCUCAUAGGCUUAAAGUGUGCAACUUUAUUCAUCUUCUUUCUCUCUCUUCGGAUGUUUCAAUUCACUUUGCUAUCAGUCCCAUUCUUGUAUGCAUCUCUGGUGUCAUUCCUGGUUUCCAUUGCUUCCCAUCCAUCAAUCAAUCUGCCGAUUCUUUUGGGGAAAGGAUCAGAUGGGAAUUUCCCAAUCUGGUCAUUGAUCAUGUUCAGCCCUUACUUGUAUUUUGUGAGGGCUUUUUCAUUCAUUAGAAGGUUUACUAGUGGGGAGCCUCCAUACACCAAGAUUUCUGAGGGCUUGUAUGUUGGAGGCUGGCCUUACGCCCCUGAAAAGCUGCCACCUGGCAACCCCGCCAUUGUUGACUGCACGUGUGAGUUGCCGAGGAAGAAGGAGCUCACGGGGAGCGCCUACCUCUGCGUUCCUACGUGGGAUACGCGCUCCCCUGAGCCGGGGGAGAUUGAGAGUGCUGUCAACUGGGCUUCUAGGAAGCGAGCUCAGGGCGUCCCGGUUUUCGUCCAUUGUGCAUAUGGUCAUGGGCGAAGUGUGGCUGUAAUGUGCGCGCUGCUGGUUGCUCUUGGCCUGGCAGAAGAUUGGAAAACUGCGGAAAGGAUGAUCAAAGAGAAACGCCCAUACAUCCGAAUGAAUGCUCUUCACCGAAAGGCCUUGGAAGAAUGGUCCAAGGACAGGUUAUCCACGCCUAAACGAAGGGGACAAUCUUGAUUUAUAUAGGGAUAAUGCAGAUACUUCUAUUCUGCAUUUUGUCACUGUAUUCUGAUACAAACAUAACUUCCCAAAUCCUCUUCAUCAAAUAAACUCAUCUUUGCCAA